UAUGUAAACAGAGAAACAAGAAAAUCUCCAAAGCAUAAAUCAAAUAAAUUUGCCUUUUUAAGCUAUAUCAGUUAUAAAAAUAUUAAUGAAUACUUAUAAUUUUAAUCAGGAGUAAAUCAAGUAAUUUAAAGAGCUCUUUGCAAUGUUUGACAAAGAUGGAGGAGGAACUAUUUCAACCAAUGAAAUAGGUAACUUAAUGAAAGAAUGCGGAGAAAAUCCUACACCUUAACAAUUGAAGGAAAUGAUUGAAGAGGUUGAUGUGGAUGGAAAUGGUGAAGUAGAUUUUGAUGAAUUUAUUGGUUUGAUGGGAAAAAGAAUGAGGGAAGAAGAAACAAACGAAGAGUUGAAUUAGGCAUUUAAUAUACUUGAUUUAGAUAAAGAUGGGUAUCUCUCUAAAACAGACAUACAACUUGGACUAGUUAAAUUAGGGUAGCAAAAACUGCCAGAUAACGAAUUGGAUGAGCUUUUUUUGAAAGCUGAUCUUGAUAAAGACGGAAAGUUUAGUUAUGAUGAAUUUAUUAGAUUUAUGACUCCUAAAUGAUUUUCACAAGAAUACAUUUAUGAAACAAGUGUAUAAGGAAAAAAAAACCUGAAUUAACAAGAAUACUG